GCCACGUGCUCGGCUCCUCGUCGGCGAACAACACUGGCACGCCAAACGUGCCCAUCAAGACGAAUCCUUCCAAGCGGCACCGAGAGCGUCUCAACUCUGAGCUGGACAUGCUCGCCUCGCUGUUGCCCUUUGAGCAGUCAGUGCUCUCCAAACUCGACAAGUUGUCCAUUCUUCGGCUCAGUGUCAGCUACCUGCGAACUAAGAGCUACUUCCAAUGUAAGCAACAUGCCGACAGAGAUGCAAACGGCGGUGAUCAUCACGUCCACUCGCCUACACCGGCGCAGAUUGCCUCUAUCAGCGCCGUCAUUGAGUCACUGCUCGAGGGUGAUCUCAUUCUGCAGGCUCUGAACGGCUUUUUGCUUAUUCUCACCUGUGAGGGUGAAGUCUUCUACACGUCGCACACCGUCGAAACCUAUCUCGGUUUUCAUCAGUCUGACAUUUGCCAUCAAAGCGUCUACGAGUUGGUGCACUCGGAAGACCGCGAGGAGCUGCAAAGACAUCUCAUGUGGAACUCGCACCUGCCAAGUGAUCGAUCAAACAUUAAACUGGAGGAAAUACUGCAAUACGAAAACGCCCAUCUACUAGAACGCAACUUUACCGUACGCUUUCGGUGUCUACUUGACAACACGUCAGGAUUUCUGCGUCUGGACGUACGUGGUCGCAUCAAGGUACUCUAUGGGCAAAAUCACAAAACAGAGGAGCCGCCAAUGGCGCUGUUUGCCGUCUGCACGCCAUUCGGUCCGCCGUCGCUGCUGGAGAUGCCCGCCAAUGAAAAGGCGCUCUUCAAGUCAAAGCACAAGCUGGACUUCUCACUCGUCUCAAUGGAGCCCAGAGGACGGACGCUGCUCGGCUACAGCGAGGCAGAGCUGAGCAAUCGAGGCGGCUAUGAGCUGAUCCACCACGAUGACCUCUUCUACGUCGCCAGUGCUCACCAGGAGUUGCUUAAAACGGGCGCCUCUGGACUGAUUGCUUACCGGGUAGUGCACAAGAACUACGUCAAGUUUCAGUGGCUGCAAACCAGUGCUCGGCUGGUGUACAAGAACAGCAAGCCGGAUUUUAUUCUCUGCACACAUCGACCUUUAAUGGAAGAGGAAGGUCGUGAUUUGCUGACCAAACGAACAAUGGACUUUAAAGUGACCUACCUGGAUGGUGGCCUGGGCGCCAUUACCGUCAACAAGUCUAACAGCGCAGAAGGCUCGGCGUUGAGCGCUUUUCUGCUAGAUUGCAGUGAAAGUAGCGGCGCAUCGGCGUUAAACACAGCAGCCGGAAGUGCCGCUAACAGCACAUCCACUACUGAUCAACUGUCGUCCAGCGGAAAGUCAA